CUAUCAUCAAGAGAGCUCUGGUCAUCAGCAUUGAUCAAAGUUAACCCAAAUAUCUCCAUGAGAGCUUAGGUUAGCCUUCACUUAUGGAAUUACAGUUUUUCUUCAAAUCCCUCUUCGCGGCCACCUUCAUCUUGAUCACCACUUUCCCGUCGUCUCGCUGCAAAGAAAACGAGAACUUCUCGGCGUGCACUCAGCCGUACGAGUGCGGCGACAUAAAAAACCUUUAUUUCCCGUUCUGGGGAGAUGGCAGACCCGAAAUCUGCGGCCACCCUGGCUUCAACCUAAGUUGCGUUAACAAUGAAUACCCUGUUAUACACAUCCAAGGCCUAGAUUACCGCCUACUCAAUGUCAGCCGAGAAAUUAACACGAUGACCCUCGCGAGGUUGGAUCUCUGGGACAAUCCUUGUUCACCAGAUACCAGCAAAAACACCACUCUUGAUGAUAUAGUCGCCGUCAAUUACCCUCCAACUGUUGUAAACCUCACUUUAAUCUACAACUGCACAAAGCCAGAGGAGUCACUUGGACAAUAUUUCCCAAAUAACUUUUCUUGUCCCAAGGACGACGACCGGAUUUCUUACUACGUACGUAAUGAAUCACAGCUUCAGGAUUUGGAAACAGAGGGGCUGAUCCGCGAUCGUCGAGGCGGUGUCAUUCAAGUUCCGGUUUUCAGGAUUGCCCUCGAUGAGAUUGAGAGAUCUGCAGCUGAUGGAGUGCAUAGCGUUUUGAUAAAAGGUUUUGACGUAAAUUACAUGGAAUUCCCACUCUGCAGCGAAUGCGAGUGGUCAAGUGGGAGAUGCGGGUCUAAUAACUCAAACGGAAUGGUUACAUGCUAUUGCUCUGGCGGAAGAGAGUACUUAUAUGUGUGUCCCCAUAGUUCUGGGAGGGAUUGGAAACUCAAGACUGGCAUAGGUAUUGUUUCGGGAGGAAGUGCCUUACUGCUCAUUGGUAUCAUAACAUGCUGGUGUAGAUGUUCCAAAUCCAAAAAAUCCUUGACAAAGAAGACACAGAAUGAUCAGGAACCUGAAGCGUUUAUUAGAAGCUAUGGACAUCUAACUGCAAAAAGAUAUAGUUUCUUUGAAGUCGAGAAGAUGACAAAAUCAUUCAAGGAUAAGUUAGGGCAAGGAGGUUUUGGUGAAGUGUACAAAGGAAAGCUACUUGAUGGACGUCAUGUGGCUGUAAAAAUCCUGAAUGCAUCCAAAGGGAAUGGAGAAGAGUUUAUCAAUGAAGUAGCAAGCAUUAGUAGAACUUCUCACGUGAAUAUUGUCACUCUUUUGGGGUUUUGCCUAGAUGGUCGCAAAAGAGCCCUCAUCUACGAAUUUAUGCCCAAUGGAUCACUAGAGAAGUUCACGUACAAAGACAAUCCUUCGCAAACCACUACACGCUUGGAAUGGGAAAAACAGCUACAGAUUUGUAUUGGAAUAGCUCGGGGGCUGGAGUAUUUACACCGAGGCUGCAACACGAAAAUUUUACAUCUCGACAUAAAACCACAUAACAUUCUCUUGGAUGAAGACCUUUGUCCAAAGAUUGCCGAUUUUGGUCUGGCUAAACUUUGCCCAAGAAAUGAAAGUAUCAUAUCAAUGGCAGGUACCAGGGGGACAAUAGGUUACAUUGCUCCAGAAGUGUUCAGUAGAAACUUUGGAGGUGUUUCUUCGAAGUCUGAUGUUUACAGUUAUGGCAUGAUGAUUCUUGAGGUGGUUGGCGGAAGAAAGAAUAUCAAAGUUGGAUUGAGCGAUACAAGCGAAAUAUAUUUUCCCGAUUGGAUUUAUAAACAUCUCAAACAAGGUAGCAAUCUACAGUUGUGGCGGGACAUGACGAGUGAGGAAAAUGAGAUUGCAAGAAAGAUGAUCUUGGUCGGGUUGUGGUGCAUCCAAACGAAGUCAUCAGAUAGGCCAAGCAUGACUAAAGUGAUUGAAAUGCUGGAAGGAAGUGUAGAAGCCUUGCAUCUUCCACCGAACCCUUCCUUGUUUGCUCCAAAAUCACCGGAAAGAUUGCCACUUGAGCCGUUCCCAGAAUCUUCUACUACAUCAACUCUAUGGUAAGCAUUAUUGAUAUGAUAGAGAAUCAAAUAGUUCAUGACGUUUGCAUACUUUGAGGACAGAGCCCUUCUUUUUUUUUUCUUUUUUUUUUUUUUUUGUGUGUGUAAGUUUAAGGCUGUCAUUUCAAGUAGAAACCAGCAUAAUAUUUGAGGACGUGUUCUACUAUAACUGAGGUCUCUUAUAAGCAAUAGAUUGAAGUUCUGAUAACAAAGACAAUUUAGAGUCUACUUACAAGGCAUCACUCCUUUUGAUAUUAAAUAAU